AUGGCCCAGACGGCCAAAGGCCAACCCGGUCUCAACUUCAAGAAGGUCAUCAACAGGAUUGGGCCAAAGGGACCCAAUGGUCCAAUUGGGCCACAGGGACCGAUUGGGCCACAAGGGCAGACAGGAGCUCCUGGAACGAACGGUAUCCCCGGUGAACCUGGCGCCCCGGGCCGUAGCGGUUUUCCCGGCUCUGAAGGUCUUCGAGGAGUUCGUGCUGCUGCCGGAAUGCCCGGAAAUGACGCUGCAUACUGCCCUUGUCCACCACGUUCGAUGGGCAUCGAGUCGACGUAUGCGGUUGAGCCGACCGGAUAUGGACGACGACGACGAUUU